AUGACAAGACCGCAGAUGAUUAGGGCCGACACCAUUGAUCUCCAAGAUCAAAACUCUCCGUCGGCCCAGGAUCAUUCGUCAAACAAUUCGCGCAUUGCGGGUGGUCGGGCGGGUACCCAUCAGAAUCAAUCGCUGCGCCAUGCCGAACAAGAAGCCAAAGAAGAGAUGUCUACAAGCCCUCGUGUUUCCUUGGAUCAAUUCGGCUCCGGUGACCAACAUAGCCAUAUUGACAUUGUUUACGACGACCAAGAUGAUCUCAUGGAAGACUUGACGGCAUCCGGUGACGCCGAUAAUGGACACUAUGGGGAAGAAGGAGAAGGGGAAGGCGAUGACAUGCUGGACGAUGAUAUGAUGGAUAAAAUAUCAUCAUCCCCGUCCAUAGACGACGAGGAUAUUGAUUUCGAGUUUGUUUACGCUUUACACACUUUCGUUGCGACAGUGGAAGGGCAGGCCAACGCUGCUAAAGGAGAUACCAUGGUUCUGCUCGACGACAGUAACAGCUACUGGUGGCUUGUUCGUGUAGUCAAAGAUGGUAGCAUUGGAUACUUGCCUGCCGAGCACAUCGAAACUCCCACUGAAAGGCUCGCUAGGUUGAAUAAACAUAGGAAUGUUGAUCUCUCUGCGACAAUGCUGGGGGACAAUGCAGAAAAGUCCAAAAAUCCUCUGAAAAAGGCUAUGCGUCGCCGCAACGCGAAGACAGUCACGUUUGCAUCUCCAACCUUCUUUGAGACGUCCGAUAUCGACUACUCUACAGAAGAGGAAGAGGAAGACGGUGAACAAACGGAAGAGGAAGAGAGCCAAAUUGAACAUCAAGAUGCUCAGUACGACGUCCAAGAUGAAGACAUGGUGGUAGAACCAUUGAGACCGAAGCCACACAAAGAGAAAUCCUUCCGAGAACUAGAGGCCGAAACAGAAGAAACAGAAGUUGACCGCUCAAGCUCAGAAAGGCCUCGUCCAAGCGACGACUCAUAUGAACGGACAGGGGAGAAUGUUAGCCGAUCGAGGAAUGGCACGCUACGAAAUACAGAUUCUUUCUUCAAUGAUGAUACAGCGGAGACAAAGAAGAUAUCCCUCACUCCGAAUCUUCUCCGCGACGAUUCGACUGCUAGUGCAUUCAGCAAGAGUGAACCACAAGAGGGACGGGCGAGUUUGGAAUCCAUCGAGAAGAGCUUGUCGGCUGGGGACAAGAGCAAACGCAAAGAUAAACGGCCCGGUAUGCUCAGCGGGCUAUUCAAGAGGAAAGACAAGAAGGGCAGAAGCUCAGAAGACGAUGGUGAGGAGUUGGAAAAGACCUCCGAGGAGCUUUCUCGGUCCUCUCCACAGCCAAAGGUCUCUUCAGAAUCACUGCGUGAGCACAACAACAAUUCCAAGCCUGCCGGAGUUCAGAGACAAUCCAGUAAACUCCAGAAACAGCCACCAGCGGAAUUCGCAACGGCCAAUCAACAAACGCCUCUCAACUUGCAAGAAGCCGCGGCAGUACCGGUGAAUGAAGUGUCCUCACCUGUGAAGGAAGAUUAUGGUUCUUCAAUCCGGCGGGUGGUAUCACCAUCAACUGGUAUUACCGUCGAACCCCUUCAAGUGCGAACAUCAUUAGAGAGGAACGCAGCGGCUGUUGAACAGCGCGCGCCCAGUAGUGAACCUUCGUCUCCUGUGAGGAUGCAAAACACGGCGCCGUUGAUGGAGAUGAAUUCCAAGAUGUAUGAUGAUCCCAUUGCGGACGAACCCAUCAAGAUUAUUCCAGCCGAUAAUCAAUCAUCAACAACGAUUGUUCCGCCACAGCGGUUAAGAGGAAAUGCUGACAGCAUUGAAAGGCUUUCAGAAUCGCCGGUGAAUGUUUCACCAAUUCAAUCUUCUACAAGCCCUCAACCGCCCGCCUUGAUGGUGGAUACAUCUUCUCAGGAGGAGCACCCUGUCUCGCCGUUGUCAUCACAUUCAUCUUCACCUGAGUUUAUUGAUCGCGUCGAAACCAAAGGAGAUGAGACGACACCGAUAUCUACCGUGUCGUCUACAGCCACUGCGACGUGGAGUGACGCAAGCUUGCGCUCGUAUCUUGACGAUGAAAAUGAUAUUCGCGAUCUUCUUAUUAUCGUACAUGACAAGUCGAACGUGCAACCGGCUGGUCCUGACCACCCAAUCACGGGCAGCCUAUUUAAGGAAGAAAGCAGACGUCUGAAGGAAAUGUCUGGACGACUAGAUGAGAUGCUCGCAGGCUGGAUGUCGCGAAAGGCAGAUCAUCGAGUAAGCAAAGUUUUCUGA